AUGAACUGGUGGAUAAGGGUCUGUAAACAGAAACGAGCCAUCCAUACACCAGUGGGGGUCUGCCGGGACUGUGUGCCCCCAACGACCACUCUUCCUACCGAAGGGACGGGCUGCCCUGAGGAUCUCCAAGUCAGGGCAGGACCCUCCACACACACUUCACCACCUAUUCCAGGAAGUUCUGCAGGCCAGUGGGUCAUACACCUGGCUCUUCUGACAUGGCCCAAGGCCCUCAAGGGGCACUGUGACACCUUCUGCCUCCUGGACCCUAAGGACAACCCUCCAACCAGCGUGGGGACACCAGGCCUGGUGUGGCAAGGACUGACCUUGACACUGAAGGUGAUAGCUUCCAUCACAAAGAUGCGGUCAGGGAAGACGCUGGCCACCUCUUCCACGCUGCUGAAGUACCUCACCGGCUCCCGCACGUCCCGGGCCUGCUCCAGGAGCUUGAACUUCCCUACGAAGGACGAACACAGGCUGCUAGGGCACGCCUGCCCGCCGGUCCCCCCUUCUUGCUCCCCUCGCGUCAGCCAGCCCCUCUGGAACCGAGACUGCAGAAAGGCAGGUUUGCACAGCCUGAGGUGGAAGGGGCCAGGCAGCUGGCUCAAGGCGGGCAGGGCAGCCUCCCGCAGCGGCAGCGGCUCACCGUCACCGGAUGCCUACUCCCUUUACUGCUACCCGUGCACCUGGGGAGACUGCAAGGCCGGCGAGGCCUCCGGCCGCCCACCCCCGGGACCCCUGCCCUCCACCACGCAGCCCAGCCAGGCCGCGCGGGCCCUCGCAGAGCCCCCGAGCAGUCGGGCUGCCUCCGUCUUGGGGGCCGACACCCCCGUCAAGGCGUACCACGGCUGCCCGCCUCUGUUCAAGCCCUCUCACCCACAGAAACGCUUUGCUCCGUUCGGAGCUCUCAACCCCUUUUCGGGGCCUGCCUACCCCUCGGGCCCUUCCGUGGCCGCCUCUCCUGGGCCCACGACCACCUCGGGCCCCCUGGCUACCUCCAGCCCUGCCUUUUCUCCAGGCCCAGGCUCACCAGGCCAGGCCUACUCAGCUGCUCCCCCCUCCUGUCCCACCUCCUCCUCCUCCUCUUCCGAGUGGCCGGAACCAGCCCUGGAGCCCUUUGAGCCGGGCCAGGGCGGUUCCCCGGAGCCCGAGCUGCUGCGCUGUCAGGAGCCCAGAGCUGUGGGGGCACCUGGGCCCGGACCCUGCCUCUCGCCACUCGGACCCCCCAAGGCCUUUGAGCCAGAAGGUCUGGUGCUGCGGCAGGUCCCCACCCCACUGUCACCGGUGGCCCUGCAGGGGCCUGAGGCGGGCGGAGCUCGGCUCCUUCUCGCCCAAGGGCGCCUGGAGGGGCCUCCUGCCAGUCCCCGGGAGGGGGUCGCAGGCUGGGGAGGCCGGGAUGCCUCCUCCUGGCAGCCCCCCGCUGACCUGUCUGCACUCUCCCUGGAAGAAGUCUCUCGAAGUCUGCGUUUCAUCGGGCUCUCAGAGGACGUGGUGAGCUUCUUUGCCAGAGAACGCAUUGACGGCAGCAUCUUCGUGCAGCUCAGCGAGGACAUCCUGGCCGAUGACUUCCACCUCACCAAGCUGCAGGUCAAGAAGAUCAUGCAGUUCAUCAAAGGCUGGCGGCCCAAGAUCUGA